AAAAAAAACUGUGAAACCAGAGGAACCAAAACCUCCAGAGAAAGAGAACAAUAUCCUCAAUACUCAACUCACAAGAACCUGUGGAAGAUGAAUUGGAGACAGAGAAAGAGAUGAAAGGUGAAGAGAUUUCCAGCGGGCAUGAUGGCAUAUCUCAGGUCGGAGCAUGUUGAGUCAUGCAUUAAAGACACACUGGACUGCAGUGAAGACUCAGAGCUGGACAAUUGUCCUAAUGUGUUCUGCAUCCAGCUCUUCACAAUGGAAAAAAGGUUUGAAAUGAGAUCAGCAGACUUCCUGCCGUACUUGUUGAAACUUUUCCCGGAUCGUGAUUUCUGUGUGAUCUCUGUGCCUAAACCGCUCCCAGAAUUCCCUCUGCUGCAAUCUUUCAUUAGAGCCAUUCCUCACAACACCAGCACCUUUCCACUGGAACUCUACCUGUGCCAUCACUGGGGACUACUCAGGACGUUGGAUGUGCGUGUGGUUCUGUCAUCGGAUAUCCCAGCAGUCCAGAGUUUGAUUAAGAGUCUCGAUCAGCAGGAGUCCAUCAGUGAUGAUCUGGAUCUGUUCCUGAAGUACCGAAAAUACCCGGAUGGCACUGCUCUUCAGGCAUUUGUGGCUCAGGUUCAGGGGCAAAUUGUUGGUUUAAUAAUCAUCAGAGAUGAAGAGGACAUUGAGUUCAUCCAAGCCCACAUUAACAUUGAGAGGUUUAUGUACUUCAGCAUUCACCAGCGAGAGGAACACGGUCGACUUUGUCACUUCUUCCUCAAGCCCAUAUUUCAGCACCACACCAAACAUUUCUUAAAGGAGGUCCUGCACUUGGCACACAAGUCCUGCCUGUAUUACCCCCUCUAUCUGCACCACCACAGACAGAAAAAUGUCAGUUCUCAGUCUCUGCCAGCUGAGCUGAACUUCAUGGCGCCUGUGAGCCUGAGGCGACAAAUUAUCUACCUGCUCGUGGAGCUGGGCAUCAAUGCACCAUCUCAACAGAUCACCAAAGAACAGGCUCCAUUUGCCCUGUACCACACAAACAGAAAGCUCACCAUGGAGCCAAAGGUCACCAUCAAUGCCAGAAUCGUGGUUGUAGGAGCAUCCGACACGGGUUUAUCUUUCUUUGAAGCUUUGACUUUUUGUCCUCAUCUUAGAUUCAACAAUCUCACUCUCAUAUCCACUCAAGGCCUUUCAGAUCGCUGCUCUGAUGACAACAUGAGAUUUCUGGCUACAAGUCACUGCUACGGUGAUCGGGAUCAAUCUCAGCUGUCUUCACAUUCCUGGGUCAGCGUUGUGACAGGCAAGAUGACGGCCAUCAACCGGGAGGUCAAACAGGUUGAACUGGCGGUUAAUAAUAAAGUGUUCUUCAACUUCUCUCGUAAAAUCGUUGAUUACGAAGCCUUCAAAGCCAUCAAUGAUGCCUGUUUGGUGUUCGAUGUCCGUCUGGUCAUAGAUAGCACCUUCCAUACCAAUGACUCCUCCAUAUAUGCUGCUGGCCCCUUGACCAAAUAUUCCCACCGUUACCAUGCCGACCAGUGGACCUGCUCCAGAUUUAAUUCCAAUGAGUUGGGGCAGAGUUUGGCAUCUGUUCUUCUGCCCUUAUUCGACCCGACUCUGGAGCCCGCCAUCAGCCCCCCGUCUGACCUGCAGAACCUCAUUCCACUCUACAGUCAGGCCAAGAUCCAAGGUGGAAGGUUACCAGGCGGCUACAAUUACCUCUAUGUUGCCAAACCGACUGCCAUCAAGCACAGAACUGCAUCACAUGGUCGGGAUAUUGUGACCGGCCACACUGAAAUCGGGAACUACUUUCACCUGCAUCUCAACCAUCAUGAUUUAGUGGAGAGCCUCACAUGUCUUUCUAAUGCACUUCCUGUCUCAAACCUCCUGUGCCUCUACGGCAAACACCAGCAGCUGCUGAAUCAUCUCUGCUCGCGCUACGACGAGGGAUUGAUCCAUGACAUGUACAGUUUUUUCAGAGAGAGUUGGUGUUCGGCUAUUUUUCACGACCGCUUUACUGACUUUGAGCAGGAAGUUCGCCAAAUCAUGGACUCAGCCAAACUAGAGGGUGAGCAUGGUUUGAUGUCAAUUCAAGGUGUUCUUCAUAAGAUUGUGGAGGAUAACCGAGAGACAGACCAGCUGAUGAGUCUUGACGAGAUGUUUCAGAAGAGAGAGGCUUAUUAUGCUCUGAAGAAAAGUGUUCUGGAUUAUCUCAAGUACAACAAAUAUCACCUGACUAUGUAUGCAUGGCCGGGACUGCUGUAAUCAUUUUUAAAGGAAUAGUUCACCCAAAAAUUAAAGUUCUGUCAUCAUUUACUCACCCUCAUGUUGUUCCAAACCUGUAUGACUUUCUUUCAUCUGUGGAACAGAAAAGGAGCUGAGGCUAAAAUUUAUAAAAAAAGAUAGUCAUACAGGUUUGGAACUACAUAGGGUGAGUAAAUGAUGACAUCAUUUUAAAUUUGGGGUGAACUAUCCCUUAAAUUUCAUAUUUAGGAGUAUAAAACUCUACAUAUUUUGUAUUUGCUGCACCAUAUGCUUUGGGGGUAAAACACAUAUUGAGGUGGGGGGUGGUGCGACAAAGAACUUGAGCAAAUAAAUAAAGCUUCAUGCUCUUGUCAUAUGCACAUAUUUGGUAUUCAAGUGACAAUCCUUUAAAAAGUGCAUGUCUCUUUUGAAUACUCCUUGUAUGUCACACUUGGUGUACAGAUCUGAUGUUGGACUGAGCUGAACGCAGCAUGACUUCUCAGUGUAGUGGGGCAGAUAAGAGCAGAAUGAGGGUAAAUCUGAGGGGCUGUAAAGACAGACCGCAGGAGCAGCUGUAUGAUAAUGAACGUUGGGCAGAAAAUCACGCAUGAUCCAACAGACACACGUCAUAUGACAUGUUUGACAAUGUAUUUUAGUCAAUUUUGUUCUGGAGGACAGAAAUGCAACCAGAUCAGAUGUUGAUGAUUAUGAUAAUAAUUAUUAUUAUUAUUAUUAUUAUAAUUUGUAUUAUUACAGAAUUGUUUUAGGAACAUUUGUUGACCUUUUAUCAUGCCAUGCAAGUUUGUUCCAUGUGUCUUAUUUUAUAUGUGGAAAUAAAAAAUUUAAUUAAAAAAAUUAUAAUAAUUACACAAGCUACACAAGCUAAAUCUACUCAAAAAUGUG